AACAGGACAGCCUAAUCGCAAUCGGGAAAUGACUGAGAUUCCCUUUCCUUGAGUGAAGUUGCUUAAAAUUAGCAGCCAAAAAAAGGAAUCAACCACACCUCAAUUUCCGUACAGAUUUUCCGCUUUCUCCCUUCCUCUUUCCUUUCUUCCCUACACCAUUUCCAAAUUCCUUUGGUUGUAUAUAACUAGCAAAUAAACUAUAUCUUAAUCUUCACAGUUCUCCCUUGCGUCAGCACAUGUGUUCAGCUCUAUCCAUUAGCAGACUCUUUACAUAUCCACUGCCCGACUGUUAAUUUUUUUCGGGAAAAGAAUAUUGUCGAAUUUCAUCCAAUAAUCCAAACCGGUCGCGAAUUUAGCUUUUAGAAGUUGGGCCGUCGACAAAAUUUGAACUUGAUGGCUGCGAGUGCGAAUCCAUCUGCUGGUGGUGGUGGUGGUCAGAAUAAUGGUAAUAGCAACAGCAAUCACAGCAAUAAUAACGGCCAAAGAGCAAAUGGCGCCACCAAUAACGGUCUCUCCGUUCCUGAAAAUUCCGUUUUGGGGCCUAACCAGGCGGGCCUCAUGCACGACCCCGGUGUUAAUACCGACUGGACCUCCGAAGAACAGUCCCUUUUGGAAGAUUUGCUCAACAAAUAUUCAUCAGAUGGAAUUAUUGUUCGAUAUGCUAAAAUUGCUGGGCAGUUAAAUGAUAAAACAGUUCGUGAUGUAGCAUUGCGUUGCAGAUGGAUGAAUAAGAAGGAAAAUGGCAAGCGACGGAAGGAUGACCAUAAUUCAGCAAGGAAAAGUAAAGACAAAAAGGAAAAAGUUACAGAUUCUCUUCCAAAGUCUCAUGCGGGUAACCGUACAAAUGGCCCACCCUAUGCUCAGUCAGUGAUGUCCAUGGACAGUGAUGAUGGCAUCUCUUAUAAAGCAAUAGGUGGUGCAACUGGACAGCUUCUUGAGCAAAAUGCUCAAGCCUUGGACCAAAUUUCUGCAAAUUUUGCUGCUUUCAAGAUACAAGAGAAUAUAAAUCUCUUUUGCCAAGCUCGAAACAAUAUCCUUAGCAUCAUGAACGAGGACUUUUCAGUAGUUAAGAUCUGGAUGAUUAUUCCUCAGGGAAGGACCUUUACAAAUGGUAAGAGCAAGAAGACACAUUCUGAGGAAAUGAUUGGACGCUUGAAUGACCUGCCAGAGAUAAUGAAGCAGAUGCCGCCGCUUCCUGUGAAGCUGAACGAAGAUCUUGCCAACAACAUUCUUCCUCGGGCGUCCUUGCCUAAGAAAUCUUGAGGUGCUGGCUCUCCUCAUGCGGCUGCUCACUCAUGAUGCUUUUGACUGUGUCCCUGGAAUUGGGACCAUUGUGAUUAACAGAUAGCUAAAUAAACAGGCUAAUUAUGUCUAGUUGUUCUGCUAUAUAAAGUUUAGAUUUAAGUGAUUAUCUUGUGCUGUUGUUUAUUUUUCAUUUUAGGAGUAAUUUGUCGAUUGUGUAUACGGUUGGUUGGCUCAUAGUUGCGUAAGAAGGAUUUUUUUUUUUUCCUUUUUUGGUCAAAAACGUGAGAAGGAUUUUUCACUCUGUAAAUCUUUCAAUGAAAAGCGGUGAAUGCAGGAUUUUUGGUUUAUAAUAA